GGUGCGCGUCCCCGGCAGAUGAAGCCGUGGUCCACAGAUGAUGACGCAGUUCUCCCGACGUAUUUCGCUGAAGUUGUUGGAUGCUGGAGCUUUCUUGGUCUCGUGAAGUGGCAUGUUCACCCCGUGUUUCCCCUAUGCGAUCAGGCCCACCCGCCGGUUUAGUUCAGCGCUGCGUGAUAAUCCAAAGAGAUGAGAAUGGGUUUGGCUUGACAGUAAGCGGAGACAACCCUGUCUUUGUUCAGUCUGUCAAGGAAGAUGGAGCUGCCAUGCGUGCUGGAGUUCAGACAGGAGAUCGGAUAAUCAAGGUUAAUGGGACACUUGUCACACACUCUAAUCAUCUAGAAGUGGUCAAGCUCAUAAAGUCUGGCUCCUAUGUAGCCCUUACAGUUCAAGGUCGUCCCCCAGGAUCUCCUCAGAUCCCACUUUCUGAUUCUGAGGUGGAUCACAUCAUGCCCCCCCACUCCCCUGGGACUACAGGGCAUUUUGACAGAAUAACCAGCCCUGUUCUUGUAGGGGAGGAGAACAACAUUGUACACAGCCAGAAGAUGGACAUACUGAAGAAGAUGCUUCAAAAGGAACAAGAACAGCUUCAAGCCUCUCAAGAAGAGUACAACAAUUCACCAUCUAAGAGACUGUCCAAGGAGAUUCAAGACAUUAAAAAGCACAUUUCCCAGCUACAGGAGCAGCUACUGAAAGCCAGGGGUUCGCUACAGCAUGGCUCAGACUUCUUACAGAUCAAUGAGCUGGAUGCAGAGCUUGGUGAUCUACUGGUAGGCACUGAAUACAGCAGUGGGGAUGGGUCCCGUCCAAACAGCGAUACAGCAGAUAACCUCCACAGCAGACUACUAGAAAAAAGGUUCUUGGAAGAAAGUCCAGAGAAAAGUGAACUUCAAGAUACAGAUUCUCAGUCUACCAUGGGAAGCCCAUCCACUUGCAUUGCACACACAAUCAUUGGUGCUGAAGAUGAUGAUUUUGAUGCUGAGCAAGAGCAGCAGGUGAAUGGACAGUAUAACUUUUUCCAGAGCAUGGAUGUUCUGAAAUCCCACCCGGCUCAUUUGGCUGUAUUUCUACACCACGUGGUUUCCCAGUUUGAUCCUGCAUCCUUGCUUUGCUACCUGUACGCAGACUUCUACCAGCAAACUAACCCCAAAGAGACACGUCGGAUAUUUCUGGAAUUCUACCAGUUCUUUUUAGAGCGAGCGGCGAAUCUUCGUGUUCCUGUCCCAGAAGAUCUCGCUAUUGACCUAGAAAAGAGACGUCCAGAACUAAUUCCUGAAGAUCUGCAACGGCAGUAUGUCCUAACCGUGCAGGACAAACUUUAUCCUGAAGUACAAAGGCAUCUAGAGGAUUUCAGGCAGAAGCGUAGCAUGGGACUCACCUUGGCAGAAGGAGAGCUGGCCAAACUUGGUGUGGAGCGCUUAAGAGAUCGCAAUGCAUCAGAAAGGGAAAGAGUGUUUGCGGAAACUAUUCUACAGAAAAUUGAGGAGGUUUUGUUGGCAUCACAGCCACCUGAAGAAGAAAAAGGCAAUACUAUACAGUAUGUGAUUUUAACCUAUAUGAAACUUCUGGGUGUUAAAGUUAAAGAAUCACGGAGUCUAGAACAAAAGCGUGGACGGAUUGGGUUCCUACCUAAAAUCAAGCAAAGUAUGAAGAAGGAUAAAGAAGGAGAGGAAAAGGGGAAGCGGAGAGGUUUUUCCAGCAUAUUAGGACCUCCACGAAGACCCAGUAGACAAGAUAGCACUGCAAUUUCCAGGGCUAUGGACAUGCAGAGACAGCGGUAUCAGAAGCACUUAUCCACCUCUUCAUCUGGUAGUCCUGAGCCAGUAGAAAGUGGAAGGUUGCGCAGCAGUGGUGGGUCAGUGGAGGUCCCCGAUAUCUCUCUUGCCCAGAACUCCACAGGUUCCAAGCUGGCAGGAUUGAGUUCUCCAGAAGAGGGCAAGGAGGUGGAAGGAUUUCUGAAGAUUUCCGGGGAAGGAAUGUCUUCUGACUCAUGUGAUGGGGCUUCUCGCAUGUCUGGCACCAUAUUUGAUUUCCCAUCCUCUCCACUGGACCUUCUUCCAGAAGAUGUUGGGGACACUGACGGAUGUAGUGAACUUGGGACGCCAAAGCCUUUUAGAAAGCUGGACAGUGUGGUUGUCGAGGGUCAAAGUGAGGGUCCUCCCAACUGGCAGCAGCUGGUGAGCAGAGAGAUCCUCCUGGGUCUGAAACCACAUGAAAUCAAGCAGCAAGAAGUUAUACAUGAGCUGUUUUACACAGAGCGGACGCACGUUCAAACUCUUAAUGUCUUGGACCAAGUGUUUCGGCAACGUGCGAUCCGUGAAAAUCUUCUGACGCCUGCAGAAACCUGCAGUAUUUUCUCAAAUUUGGAAGAGAUUCUACAACUUCAUGUUGCAUUAAAUGAACAGAUGAAAGCAGUCAAGAAACGAUAUGAAACCUCUGUAAUUGAUCAUAUUGGUGAUGACGUGCUAAGUUGGUUUAGUGGAGCUGAAGAGGAGAAAUUGAAGCAAGCAGUGGCCACCUUUUGCAGUAACCAGCCCUUUGCCUUAGACAUGAUCAAAUCUCGCCAAAAGAAAGAUUCCAGGUUCCUGACGUUUGUGCAAGAUGCUGAAAGUAAUCCACUAUGCAGGCGUCUGCAGCUAAAAGAUAUUAUUCCCACUGAAAUGCAGAGACUAACCAAAUACCCACUUUUGCUGGAUAACAUUGCCAAGUAUUCAGAUCGCUCGGAUGAGAAGGAGAAGGUUAAAAGAGCAGCAGAACAUUGUAGACGGAUUUUAAAUCAUGUAAAUCAGGCUGUUGAAAAUAAACUGAAAUUAGAGGAUUAUCAACACCGGCUUGACCUGUCUUGUUUAAAGCCUGGGGAGAAUCCCAUGAUUGAUGAGCUGAGAAACUUGGAUUUGACAAAGAGGAAGAUGAUCCAUGAAGGUCCUUUGACAUGGAAGGUGAAUCGUGACAAGACAAUUGAACUAUAUACACUACUAUUGGAAGACAUUCUGGUUUUGCUUCAGAGACAAGAUGACAAGUUGAUCCUGAGGUGUUAUAGCAAAAUCCUUGCAUCUGCCGCAGACAGCAAACAUAUAUUCAGUCCGAUCAUCAAACUUAACACGGUGUUAGUACGGCCAGUGGCAACAGAUAACAAGGCCCUGUUUGUAAUUUCCAUUUCUGAAAAUGGGGCUCAGAUUUAUGAGCUGAUUGCAAACACAGUUUCGGAAAAAAACAUUUGGCAGGACCUCAUCACAAAAAUGGCUGACACGUGGAAAGUGGAGGAUCAUAGACCAAUAAUUCCCCUACCAACUGCCCCAUCUGGAAUCACCAGCGAUGAUGAACAAGAAGGUGGAGAACAGCCUAAAGUUGUAUCGGAACAUAUUGAAGAUAAUCCCUCUGUUUUGCUCAGUUCAGACAAAACCACACGUGGAGAGGUCGCAGUUUUGCCUGAUACUUUACCUCCAAAUCCUGGAAGUUACUUUUUAAAACCUGCAACGCACGGCUCAUUUAGAAAGAAUCUGCACCAAGCGGAGGCCACCAACAACCCUUAUCCUGUUUCAUCACACGCAUCAACAGAACAUCACCGUGCCCUGGAUGCACUCAGAAACCUUAGAUUACUGAAACAGUUGCUGGUGCAGCAGCUGAUGCUCCUUCAAAAGGAAGAAGCUGAAAACUUCCACUGCUUUUGCAGUAGAAAGUUGAGGGACCAGCCACUACAGAGUGAGACCAUGCAGCAUUUAUCAAGCCAGAAUUACCAACAAGGGGGAAGCAGAGUUCAUUAUUUAAGUGACGCGGCACCCCUGCAGCAGCCAGAUGUAGACAUACAAUGUGAAUUGAGUAGCACAGGGUUAUUUGGGCCAGUCAAAGAUGAUGGAGGCGAAGAGUUCUUUGAUGCUCUGGAACCCAAUAAAGAAGGGGAUAAGAGAAAAGAAAAACACACAGAAGGAACACAAUUACAAAAUUCAGGAAAAUACCUUAUCCUGGAUGAUUAUGAGGGGGUUCAGGAGAGCUCAACAGAUGACGAAUUUACCAUUUCUGACUUCCACACGCAGUGCCGUUUUCCUGACGAUCUACCAUCUUCACAUGGUGCAGACAGGCUAGAGUCACAACUUAAUGAACACCUUUGGCCUGUGUGGUCUUCUGAGGUGUUUAGCCAGAUGCUCGGUUACAUCUCAAAAAUUGAGUCAGAUCUCCAUCAUUUGAGGGGACUUGAAGGACGUUACAGUGCUCUACAUGACAGACUCACUGUUAAAGACCUAUCUGAAGGAGGAGAUUCAGAUAUUGCAGUGCUACAUACAGAUAAAGGUUAAAUCAAUCUACGCCCUGUUUUGUGGAAUCGAAGCUGUUUGGAGGAAUGUACUUGCGCACCUCCCAACGUGGAUAUCUUCAGCCCGCGGCAACACGAUACAGCUUACUACCCAGCACAGGAUUCACACCAAAUGUUCAGAUGUGUGUGUAUAGGAUAUAAAACAUAUGUAGCCUUGUAAGAGGUGAAAAAAGAAUUAGAAAUGUAUUUAUUUGAUGCAAGGCAUGUUUUAUUGUAUUUGUUUUAUUGUUGCAAACACUGUUCUAAUCUCUUCCUAGUUUAGGUGGGCCAUGCUAACAGUAACUCUUUUCCUACAAGGAUUUGACUGAAACAAGCGCAUAUACUCAGGCUAGGUUUUGCAGAGGUGGUUGAUCAUGUUUGUCCUUUUGGAUUUUGCUCUUGUUGUACGGGUAGGUCAGUUUUCGAUAAGCAUGUUUUUGCCAGUCAACAAGAUUAUAUGUACAUGCUUAUCCUUUAGCACACAGGGAAAAAUUCCUGAUAACAGUGGGGAGCAAUCCAGGCACUGCAGCUUUCUAGUUUGCACCAGAAAUUAAUCUUAGGCCAGUAAAAUAGUUGUGUGAUUGCUCAACUCUGUUUGCUUUGACAGUGCCAUGAUUUAGGCAAUAGUUUGUACCUCUUUCCACGCAACAUACGAUAUUUCGGCUGGCAAGAAAUCUAAAGGCAAUUUAUCACACCUGCUGUUCCGCAUCUACCAGCUAAUAUCUUGUUCAACACUGCCACCACCCUCUGUACUACUGACUGUUAUGCUACUACCAGACUGUUUGCAGGAAUGCAGCUGCAGCGCCAGCAGUCUCAAAUGUUUCUGCUUAAAAAGUUAUUUGGGGACCAGAAAAUGUCUAUUUGCUCCAUUUUUUUCAUAGCACAAAACAAAUUAUGUGCCAUUUAGUGAACUUUUAUAGUUUUUCUGUCUGAAGCCUUCUUGCAAAUUGAGUGUGGUGUUGUCAGCCAGAGAGCUGCUGCAUGUUUGGUGCCCAUGCAAAAAGCAGCAUUGCAGGCUAACAGAUUAUGCGAAGCUACAAUCAUGUGUUAGUGUCUGUGAUGGUUUAGUUAUGAUGCUUUUGCACCAGUUAAUGUAAAACAUAAGUUUCAAACAUACUCAUACAGAGAUGCUGCCAAGUCCUCCAGCUCUCAUUGUGCAAAUUACUAACAGCCAAUAUCAUGUUUAGCUAUCUUAAUCAAUACACUAGUAAAUUAACAUUGUAUACACACACUACUUUAGCUAGCACAAAAGAUGGAGCUCUGGGUUCUGUAGCCAAUUAGAUGCUGACGUAGCUGGACUAGAAUGAUUGGAGAAUGGACUAGCACAAGUCUUUGCACUCAUGGGACCGGUGAUCCGCAGCUUACUUAGCUGUGUUUUCACAUUAAAGGGAGAUUUAUGCAUCCUGAUUAUUUUUUAAUAUUUAAAAACAAAAUUCACAAUAUUCACUGUGUACAUCAGUAAUGUAUUGUUAACAACAGCAGCUAAAACCAAGAUUUGUGAGUAUUCUUUGCAAGAAAAUUCUUAACAUUUAUAUCCUGGAUUUUUAUAAUAAUGGAUGGUUGUCUAAAUGAUAAAAUUGUCCAGAUGUAUGUAUGUAUGUGACAUAGCUUUCUAUGCAUUAUAGCCUAAAAGGUUGUAUGUAUCUGUAAUAAAAUAUCUCUCAUUUAAAGAUAUUUUUGGGGAGGUUGGGGGAGUAAUAUUAUGAUAUUAAAUAAGCUUACACAA